CAUGCCGUUUCCGUGAUAUUUCCUGUUUUCGAGGUUGGACUUUAACCUGCAUAUGAUUGGUUGUUGUAUGUUACAGGUGAGUUAGUAAAAUCUGCAGGUAUGAGUGCAGUGAUCCCCCGGAUAGAGCAGCUGUCCGCGCGCGUGGUUCGGGUUUUGGGGUGCAACCCGGGACCAAUGACCCUGCAGGGAACCAACACCUACCUGGUCGGAACCGGGAAAAGGAGAGUGCUGAUAGACACUGGAGAAUCAGCUGUUCCUGAAUACAUCAGCAGUCUGAAGCUCGCUCUGAAACAGUUCAACACCAGCAUCCAGGAGAUCAUCGUCACUCACUGGCACCACGACCACAUCGGGGGGGUGGUGGACAUCUGCCGGGACAUCACUGGGUCUGAGGUCCGAGUCAGCAAACUGCCUCGCUCCAGCCAGGUCACAGAAACAGCGGGAAAUAAAAGCGUUACUUAUCUGAAAGACGGAGAUGUCGUCCAGACCGAAGGCGCCACACUGAAAGUGCUUUUCACCCCGGGUCACUCUGACGACCACAUGGCUCUGCUGCUGCAGGAGGAGCGCUCUCUGUUCUCUGGAGACUGCAUCCUGGGAGAGGGCACCGCCGUGUUCGAGGAUCUGUUCGACUACAUGAACUCUCUGAACGUCCUGCUGCUCUCCCAGGCCGACUGCAUAUACCCCGGUCACGGCCCUGUGGUGCAGGACGCUGCCUCUAAGAUCAGACACUACAUCAGCCACCGAGCCCAGAGAGAGCAGCAGAUCCUGGAGGCCAUCCAGCAGGGAGAGGGAGCAUCGUUCUCCUCCAUGGAGCUCGUCAAGAUCGUCUAUAAGGACACUCCUGAACACCUGCACCAAGCGGCUAAUGUGAACCUGGUGCAUCACUUAAAGAAACUGGAGAAAGAGGGCAAGAUCAGCCUGGUGAAUGAAUCUUCAAAGAACAUCAAAUGGAAGAGUAACCUGUGAUAUCCUUGGAUGCCAUGAAAUGUAAUAUUUGGCAAGGAUGAGGAAUAUUCAGCUGAAUGAUAUAUCCUAACUUUUCAAUCAAAAAUAACCUGAUCAAUUGCCUUAGAUACUCUGAUUGACAGAUAGAUCAGGGAUGGAGGUCACACUCGAUGCCUUGGAUGUUUCCUGAGCAUACAGACCAAUAGCACACACUCACCUGGACUGAGCUGCUGUGUCAAAUACCAUGUAUUAAGGUUUAUAUUUGUCUGUAAGUCAGGUGCAUUUAGCUGGUGGGAAAAUGGAAAAGUAGACACAGUUUGCACAGAAUAAUAUUGCUUCUUUUUCGUCUUCCUUGGUAGAAUUUUCCCCAAGUUUCGUCUCUCAGGAAGCACUUUUUUUGUUGACUUUAAACACAUAUUAAAUGUGGUGUUCUCUCAGAGUGUUGACUGUAACAGAUGUCUUCUAAAAAUCGAUAUAUUGAAAUCCAAAGCAGCACUUAGAUAUGUUAAUUUUUCCAAAUGCUCUCACCUUUUAAAAAGUUGUAUUAAAUCUGGUCUCUUUCUUGAAAAAUGAAGCACCUGUUCUACAAGUGAUGCUAUUCCUCAGUCAGUCACUAGGUGGCAGUAUCCACUAAUACUUUUAUUGGGCAGAACUUUGAUUGUACACUCACUGUAACAUACAACUUUACAAAUAUUUUGUAUAUGAUAAAGAAAGAUGUAGAAAUGGUGUGGUGGAGAGAUUGUUGGCUACUACAGUGAUGUAAUGUAUUUUCUGACUAUGAUGAAUAAAAUCAACUGUGUACUUUGUAAUGAGA